AUGAAGAACAUAUGGACACUAGCUGCCAAGAAAGAUAACUUAUGGGUCAAAUGGAUCCAUAGUGUCUAUCUGAAGAAUGGUGAUUGUUGGAACCACAAGGCUUCCAUCCAUAGUAGUUGGUAUUGGAGGAAGCUUGUGGAUCUAAAAGAUGAAAUGAGAAGAACUUGGGAUACAAAUCAACUCUUAGCUACUGAAUUUAAAAUAGCAGAUGGAUACAAGAAGCUUCAGCUGACACAAGAUCGAACUCACUGGUGUAAUCAAGUUUGGUCUAGACUCAAUCAUCCUAAGCAUAGCUUUAUACUGUGGAUGGCUGUGUUGGACAGACUUAAGACAAGAGAUCGGUUGAAAAGAAUGCACAUAACAGAUGUUGAAGAUUGUUGUUUUUGUAGCAGUCAACCCGAAAGCAAGCUUCAUCUAUUCUUUCAAUGCAGCAAAACAAGAAGCUUGCUCCAACAAAUGAAAGAGUGGAUCGGCUGGAAGGCUACUGCUUAUGAUCUGAACUCACUUAUCCGGAGCAUUAGCAGGUCCAAGCGCUCAAAAUUCCAGCAGCAAGUUUUUUCGGCUGCUAUUGCUGGUUUAGUUUAUUUCAUUUGGCAGCAGAGAAAUGGACAUAUAUGGCAGCAGAGCCCGAAGUCUAUGAAUAUUCAGGAGCUUAAAUGGCACAUCAAAACAAGAAUAUCUUGUGUUUUACCAAAAAAAAUCAAAGUGGAAGAUAGGAUAUGGUUUGAUAAUUUGUAA